AUGGACGGCAGCCCCCGGCAGAGCGCCUUUCCUGCUCGGCAGCCCCCCCCUGGCGCCUUGGCUGUUUCAUGCGUUUUGACCCCGCUGUACCCGGCGUAACCGUCGCUGCCCGCCGGGCGGCCUCCUCCUCCUCCUCCGCCUCAGUCCUCCGCCUCCCGUUCCCCGCCGCUGGGCUCCCCCAACCCGGCGCUCAAGCCGCCUGCCCUGGCCAGCCCCCCGCCGCAGCUCUCGGCCGCUACCACCGCCCGCAUAACGACAUCCUGAGGCCCGGCCCUCAUGCCCCUGGCCGGGGCCGCCCUGGCCUCCUCGUCGCCCUCCGCUUCCUCCUCGUCCGCCGCCUCCUGGCCGCGCCUGCCCCGCUUCAGCAGCCUCAGCCCCCCGCCGCCGCCCCCCGGGCUCUACUUCAGCCCCAGCGCCGCCGCCGUGGCCGUGGGCCGCUACCCCAAGCCCCUGGCCGAGCUGCCCGGCAGGACCCCGAUCUUCUGGCCGGGAGUGAUGCAGAGCCCCCCCUGGAGAGACGCGCGCCUCGCUUGCACCCCCCAUCAAGGUUCAAUUUUGCUGGACAAAGACGGAAAGAGAAAACAUACAAGACCCACUUUUUCUGGCCAGCAGAUUUUCGCCCUGGAAAAGACUUUUGAGCAGACCAAAUAUUUAGCAGGACCAGAGAGAGCCAGGCUAGCCUAUUCACUGGGGAUGACAGAGAGUCAAGUCAAGGUUUGGUUCCAGAACCGGCGCACCAAGUGGCGGAAGAAGCAUGCGGCCGAGAUGGCCACGGCUAAGAAGAAGCAGGACUCGGAGACCGAGCGGCUGAAGGGGGCCUCGGAGAACGAGGAGGAGGACGAUGACUACAACAAGCCUCUGGACCCCAACUCCGACGACGAGAAGAUCACCCAGCUGCUGAAGAAACACAAGUCGAGCGGCAGCAGCUUGCUCCUGCACACGUCUGAGAACGAGAGCUCCUCUUAAAGGGGUUCCAGAGGAGGGGGCCGGGGCCGGGGCCCAGGCGGACUCGGAGGACACUUGCUAUUUUCUGAGAUGUUGUACAUAUCUAUUUUUCUAGACUUUAUCAGCUGAAGGAGAGGAGGAAGAGGCAGAAAAAGACGGCGAGUAAACAAACAUCCAAACCCAGCGCCCCACUGUUCCUUUCGCCUGGCCCUUGACCGCUGGUGCUGGCGCAGUUAUUGUAGGGUCGCAGGGGGGGCUGUCUGAGUGCUCCCUCUUCUUUUGCAGACUUCAGAGCAGCUGAGGGGGGAAGGAGGGACCUACUUCCACUCACACAGCUCCUGCUGGGCGGACUAAAGCAACCUGUUGAAGACUCUUUGUAAAUAAAUCGUGAGUCACGCUGACUAUAGAAGUUACUUUACUGUGAAUAUUUAAAAUGUAAAAUACUUUUUUUUUUUUA